AUGGACAUCAUGUCGAACUCUACGCUGUUAACAGCCCCCGACACCUACAUAGGUAUCUACAACGAGCUGUCCAAGUAUAAUGUUCACUUGAACAUCUUUGAGCGAUUGUGGGCCAGUUGGUAUGCCUACAUGCAAAACGAUGUCCUCGCGACCGGAAUCCUCAGUUUCGUCAUGCACGAAGCCGUCUAUUUUGGCCGCAGCAUUCCCUGGAUUAUAAUCGAUGCCAUACCCUACUUCAACAAAUACAAGAUUCAGGGGCAAAAGAUCCCAACCGCUAGAGAACAAUGGGCAUGCACGAAGCUCGUCCUCCUCAGUCAUUUCACCGUCGAAUUACCUCAGAUCUGGCUGUUCCACCCAAUGGCCAAGGCCUGUGGCAUGGACACCGGCGUCCCUUUCCCAGCAUGGACCACUAUGGCUCUUCAAAUCGCAAUAUUCUUCGUCAUAGAGGAUACAUGGCAUUACUGGGCGCACCGCCUCUUUCACUGGGGUCCUCUCUACAAGAACGUUCACAAGAUCCACCACCAAUACUCGGCUCCGUUUGGUCUUGCCGCUGAAUACGCCUCUCCUAUUGAGACCAUGGUCCUCGGCGCAGGCACAGUCGUAGUCCCAAUUGUCUGGGCCCUCUGCACCAAGAACUUUCACGUCUUGACCAUGUACCUCUGGAUCACCUGCCGUCUGUUUCAAGCCAUCGAUGCACACAGUGGCUACGAAUUCCCUUGGAGCUUGCACCACUUCUUGCCGUUCUGGGCCGGUGCUGAGCAUCAUGAUGUUCACCACGAGAAGUUCAUCGGCAAUUAUGCGAGUAGCUUCAGAUGGUGGGAUUAUAUCAUGGACACCGAGUCUGGACCAGAGGCCGCUAAGGCGAGACGUGAGAAGGCGCAGAAGAAAGCGGCUAAGAAGGCCCAGUAA